AAAAAAGAAGCAAGCAGAGGCGUGGAAAAAUUUGGGUGGCUUUUCUCCAGGAUUCUCUGAGUUGUGUGUUCUGUCCCGGGCAGGAGUGAGUGGCACUUCUUCUCUGGAGAGCACACAGACCAGAGUCACAGAAGAGCUAAUCAGCAUUGCCUCUGCCUGACACAUCCAGAACAACUCACAGAAGGAAAAUACCUGGAAGAUAAUGACCUAACAGUUGUCUUUUUGCAGACGAUUGAAUAUCCCACAGAAAGAGCGGAAUACGUCGCUCUGAAUUCUAUAUUCCAGAGCUGUCUAUUCUGACGCUUUUGUGGACUAUGAGGAAGAGCCAGUUAUUACUGUAUGCCCUCUGGGGUGUAAUGGCUUUUGGCCUAUUCCCAAAACUUGAAGCUCAAGAUGCCCCUGGGACAGCUGACCUUGUACUCUUAAUUGACGGAUCAGAGAACGUUGGAGCUACCAACUUCCCCUUCAUCAGUGGUUUGGCUGCCCAAGUGAUUGAGGGGCUUGCUGUGGGCAGGGAUGCAAUUCGUGUAGCCCUUGUGCUUUAUGGUGCUGACCCUGAGAUUAAGUUCUAUCUCAAUAGCUAUGAAAACAGACAGAGUGUCCUCAGUGCUAUCCGGGGGCUUAAAUACCCUGGUGGGGAGGCAAAUCUGGGGGCUGCAUUGCAAGAGGUGGCAGACAGUCUGUUGGGCGAAGACGCAGGAGGCAGGGCAGAGGAAGGGGUCCCCCAGGUACUGGUGGUGAUCAGUGCUGGGGAGUCCGCUGAUGAUGUCAGUCAGAGCGAAAGGGCCCUAAAACAGGCCAGUGUGUACAUCUUUGGUAUUGCUGCUGGUGAUUCUGCUUCUGCCCAACUGGAAGCUAUUGCUACAGACAAAAGCUUUGUUCUGUCGGCUCCUGAUGUCAGAACAGUCUCAAGCAUUGGUGACCAGAUACUGCCUUACAUUAAUGGGGUCGCCCAGCGCAACAUUGUGGUUCAAACAGAUUUCACAGAAGCUUUGGCUGUUGGGCAGAGAGAUGUAAUUUUUCUCAUUGACAGUAGCUUGGGUAGCAUCGGAAUCAAUGCAGUGCGUGAAUUCAUCAAAAGGUUUAUUGACACCGUACCAAUUGGCCCAGAUCAGGUACAGAUUGGAGUGGCCAUGUUUUCCACCAUCCCAAAGAUGGAGAUUGAUCUAAACUCAUUCAAUUCAAAAGAGUCUCUGAUCUCUGCCCUUGGGAAAAUUAAACCCAAACCUUCGGCUGAACUCAACAUUGGUGCAGCCCUGGAUUUUGUGAGGACCAACAUGUUCAGAGCUGAGAGGGGGAGUCGCAUUCAAGAUGGAGUGCCACAGCUUUUAUUGCUCUUGACCAGUAAAAAAUCCAAAGACAGUGUCCAACAGCCAGCUGAAGCCCUUCGACAAAUGGGUGUUCUGACUUUGGCUGCAGGUUCCAAAGCUGCUCAGGAAGCAGAGCUCAAGGAAAUAGCUUUUGACGACAGUGUGGUUUUCAUGUAUAGAGACUUCAGGUUGUUGUCACGCAACUUCAGAGAAAUUAUCUCCCCUCUCACUACAUUGUCUGGUGUUGUUGUGACAGAGACUCCAACUGAAACAGGACCAAUUGUGGAGGUUACAACAGUCCACACACAAAAAGUUGUCCGAGACAUUGUCUUCAUGGUGGAUGGAUCUAACUAUGUUGGAAAUAACCUGCGUUUUGUGAUGGACUUCAUCAAUGGUGUGGUCAACAAGCUAGACGUUCGACCUGAUAGGGUGCGCAUUGGACUAAUGCAGUUUGCUGAGGGGCAGCGUACAGAAUUUUAUCUGAAUUCUCACAACACCAAACAAAAUGUGCUUUCUGCCAUUGCACGGUUAAGUUUGAUGGGAGGAAGUGCACUGAACACUGGUGCAGCCCUGAAAUAUGCUCUAGAUAACCACUUCCAACCCUCAUCUGGGUCUCGUAAAAGAGAAGGGGUCCAGCAGGUACUGGUGCUAAUAACAGGAGGCCCAUCUCAAGAUGGUGUCAAAAGGAUUGCAGACCAAGUGGCUAUAGAAGGUGUUUUGACAUUUGCUGUUGGAGCUGGCCAAGUGGAAGAGACUUUUCUGAGAACUAUUGCUUUUAUUGACUCUUUGGCGUAUUACAGAAGAAAUUUUGCUGACUUGUCGAGUGUUGUUAAAGAAAUGAUGACACCGCUCAUCACUUUUGUUGGGGAGACUGAUAACAUACCAGAAAUUCCAACCCGUGGUCCCUCUGGUGGAGAAAGGGAUGUUGCAUUCUUGAUCGAUGGCUCUGAUGAUGUCAGAGGUGACUUUCCCUAUAUCCGUGACUUCAUUUCCAGAGUGAUUGAGCCUCUUGACAUAGGAAUUAAUAAAGUAAGAGUGUCUGUUGUCCAGCAUAGUGAUAGACCAAGCCAUAACUUCUUCCUCGACACUUACGAAACCAAAGAUGAGGUGCUGAGAGCUGUAAAUGGGCUCACUCUGGUAGGUGGCAGAGGUCUGAAUACUGGUGCUGCCUUGACUUUCAUGAAAAACACAAUCCUGUCACAAGCACAUGGCGGUCGAGCUGGACAAAAUGUUCCCCAAUUUUUGAUCGUUCUAACUGGUGGAAGAUCAAGAGAUAGUGUCAGAGAGCCUGCGGUUGCCCUGAAGGCUGAGGGAGUUGUACCUUUUGGUGUUGGAGUGAAAAAUGCAGAUCCUAAAGAGAUUGAGGCCAUCUCUCACAAUCCAUCAUUUGCUUUCAAUGUGAAGGAAUUCAGCCAGCUCAACACUGUCCAGGAAAAGCUCAAGAACUAUGUGAACUUUCAAGAUCAAGACCUGACGCAAUUUCUAGAGAGAGGAAUUAACAAACGGGAUAUAGUUUUUCUCCUUGAUGGCUCAGAUGAUUCAAGAAAUAAUCUUCUUGCCAUCCGUGAGUUUAUUCGGAGAAUGGCUUUGGAUCUUGACAUUGACCAGGACAUUGUUCGAGUUGCUGUAGUACAGUACAGUGAAGACUCUUUGAUUCACUUCUUACUUAACACUUACAAUAGUAAGAAAGCUGUACUUUAUGCCAUUAAUGGCCUUACAGCAAAAGGUGGAAGAACCAUAAACACUGGGGCAGCUCUACAGUAUGUCAGGGACCAUGUUUUUACUACUGCUUCUGGAAGUAGGCAUUAUCUAGGAGUCCCUCAGGUUUUGAUUGUUAUGACUGGUGGACGGUCCAUUGAUCAGGUGGCAGGUCCUGCUGAAGAUCUCAAAAAUGUUGGCGUGUUGUCCAUUGCCAUUGGAAUAAAGAAUGCUUUAGAGUCAGAGCUCCAGACCAUAGCAUUUUCACCUAGAUUCAUUUUUAAUCUUCCAGUCUCUGGUGAACUUUUACAUAUUCAGCCGGACAUCCUCUCCUUUAUCAAAUCCAAAAUGGGGAUUGAACCCCCUACUAUUAUUGUUGAAUUGGAUGCAUCUCAAAGAGACAUUGUCUUUAUCCUGGAUGGUUCUGAUGACACCAGGGAUGCAUUUAAACAAAUGUGUCAUUUUGUUCAAAGAGUGGUGGACAAACUUAAUAUUGGGCCAAGCAGAGACAGAGUGUCUGUAGUCCAAUACAGCAGAGAGCCACAGGUCCAUUUUUACUUGAACACACAUGCCACAAAACAAGAAGUUCUCAAUUCAGUUGAGAGUCUGCAGCACCAGGGAGGAAAUCUCCUCAACACAGGAAGAGCCCUUGAAUAUGCAAAAAACAACCUAUUCGUGGCCCCUUCUGGGAGCAGACUCCUGGAAGGGGUUCCUCAGAUUGCUGUGCUUGUGACCGGUGGAAGGUCUCAGGAUGAUGUUAGAACUCCAGCUGCUGCUUUGAAACGGGAACAAAUUGUACCAUUUAGUAUUGGCAAUCAAAAUGCAGAUGUCAUUCAGCUCCAGGAAAUCUCAUAUACUCCUGCUAAUACCCUUAUUGUUCCUCAAUUUGAUGCCCUUCAAACUAUUGAGCAGAAUCUUUUAUCAUACGUUAAAAGAGUUCCCCGUCAGCCCAGGAGGCUUCCAUCAUCUACAACAGAUGCUGGAAAGAGAGAUGUUGUUUUUUUAAUUGAUGCCUCUGAUGACACAAAGGGAAGUUUCUCAGAAGUGAAAAACUUUGUUCAGGCUCUGGUUGAGAAACUGAAUGUGGCACCAAGUAAAGAUCGUAUUUCAGUGGUCCAGUACAGUGAUGACACAGUUUUUGAUUUUCAAUUAAAUGCACAUUCAACAUUAAAUGAUGUUAUAAGUCAUGUGAAACGCCUAAUCCAUAAAGGAGGAAGGCUGCGUCACACCGGGGCAGCAUUACAGUAUAUCAAGGACAACUUGUUUACUGCAGCUGCAGGGAGUAGACAUUUGGAGGGUGUGCCACAAAUUCUAAUUGUGCUGAGCUCUGGAAGAUCUAAUGAUGACAUACGUGGUCCAAUCAAAGCUUUGAAAGACAUUGGUGUCAUUUCUUUAAGUAUUGGUACUAAAAAUGCUGAUACACUUGAGUUACUAGCAUUAUCUCAUCAACAAAACUACUUUUCCAUUUCUGACUUUGGGAACAUUCGUGACCUUCAGGAGAAUAUUUUAGCAUUAAUAAAAGAAGUAUCUUACCAACACCUACCAAAAGUGAUUACUCAGGUUUCUGAAUCUGUCAAAAGGGAUGUGGCAUUUCUGAUUGAUGGUUCUGAUGAUUCGAAAAUUGGUUUUGAGGCAAUUCGCCGUUUUAUUCACAUGGUUGUUGAAAGUCUAAAUGUGGAGGAAGAUCUCGAUAGGGUGGCAGUUGUACAAUAUAGUCGGGAUCCCACAGCUAAUUUUUAUCUCAGCUCAUAUUCAACCAAAAAGGAGGUACUAAAUUCCAUACGCUCUUUGAGGCACAAAAGUGGAAGGCCACUAAACACUGGAGCUGCCAUGCGGUUCAUUAAAGAAAACAUAUUUACUCCAUCCUCUGGAAGCAGACGCCAUCAGCGUGUACCCCAAAUUCUGUAUUUAUUUAGUGGUGGUAGAUCUGCAGAUGAUGUUAGAAUAAUUUCACAGGAUUUAAGAGAAAACAACAUAAAAGUCUUUACAAUUGGUACAAAAAAUGCUGAUACACUUGAGUUACAGACAAUGUCUGUAACACCAGCUUAUGCCUUUUCUGUUCCUGACUUCAACUCCAUCAACAGCAUUGCCCAAAGUGUUGUCUCUGUUUUGAGUGGUGAUGAAAUUCCUGAGAUAAAUCCAACUCCUGAGGGCCAGGUUCUGGAUGUAAGAAGAAAUAUUGUUUUUCUUAUUGAUGGAUCUGAUGAUGCUAGUGAUAGAUUCACAGCUAUACAAGAAUUUGUGGUCAGUUUGGUAGAGACAUUUGAUGUUGGCCAAGAAAAAGAUCAAAUUGCUGUUGUGCAGUUCAGUAAUACGGCAGCAACAAGCUUUAAUCUUAGUACACACUUAUCAACUUUUGAGGUGGCAAAUGCUGUACGCAACCUCAAACCAAAAGGGGGACGACCACAAUACAUUGGUCAGGCACUACAAUUUGUUAGAGAUAAAAUUUUUACCCCUAGAGUUGGAAGUCAUGAAAUAGGCACUGUUAGUCAAAAUCUUGUGCUUGUGGCUGGUGGCAGAUCCCAAGACUCUCCUCGCGGUCCAGCUAAUGAACUAAAAAGUAUGGGAGUUAAAAUUUUUGCCAUCGGGUCAAAGCUGGAAGAUCUAAUUGAAAUGGAAGCCAUUUCUACUCAGACAGAUUAUGCCAUGGCUGUUUCUGAUUUUCAUGACUUUAGAAAUGUCCGUCAAAUCCUUUUGGCAAAGCUUACAGGAGUAAGAAAAAAAGGAGAAUCCCAAGUUGAUGGUACAGGAUUUAAAAGGGAUAUUGCUUUUCUUGUGGAUGGCUCAGACAAUAUAAGAAGAGGAUUUCCAGAAAUACGUGAUUUUCUAUACAAUUUUAUUUCAAUUCUUAAUGUGGGAAUUGAUAAAGACAGAAUCGCAUUAAUUCAAUAUAGCAAUGUUGCUGUCACAAAUUUUUAUCUAAAUUCAUUCUUAAGAAAAGAAGAUGUAUUAAAUGCAGUAAAAGUGCUUAGUCAUAGAGGUGGAAGACCCCUAAACAUUGGAUCUGCACUUCGAUAUGUCAAAGAAAAUAUUUUUAUAAGUGCCUCUGGAAGCAGGCAAAAAGAAGGAAUCCCUCAAAUAUUAAUUCUGCUUACUGGUGGAAAAUCAAGGGACAAUGUCUCUGAAGCAGCCUUUGCUCUCAAACAAAGUGGUAUAUUAAUAUAUGGAAUUGGAGUACAGUACUCAGACUCUAAUGAGUUACAUAAAAUUUUUUCUGAAAACAAUGUGCUUUCAUUGAAUGACUUCAGUGAAUUACCAAAAAUCCAGGCAGAGCUACAUGAAGCACUGAAACACAAUAUGAAUUACAUCAAAAAAGAACAAAUCGCUGAGGUAGUUGGACUUAGGAGAGAUUUUGUGUUCCUUCUGGAUGGAUCGGAUGGAACUAGGAAUGGAUUCCCAGCAAUGAAAGACUUUGUGCAAAGAAUGGUGGAGAAAUUGGAGGUUGCCGAGAACAGAGAUCGCAUUUCUGUUGUCCAAUACAGCAGAGAAGCGGAGGCCAAUUUCUAUCUAAACACAUACACGACAAAGGAAGAAAUUCUUGAUGGUGUCAGGGGUCUGAGGCACAAAGGAGGCAGACCCCUUUACACGGGGGCAGCUCUCCAGUACGUCAGAGACAAUGUCUUUACUGCUUCCUCUGGCAGCAGGCGACUGGAGGGUGUGCCGCAGAUACUGGUUUUGCUUAGCGGGGGAAGGUCAUUUGACAGUGUCGAUGCAGCAGCCUCCUCUCUGAAAGAGCUUGGCAUCUUGACUUUUGGAAUAGGAUCCAGAGGCUCUGAUAGCAGAGAACUGCAGAGAAUAUCAUAUGAACCCGAUUAUGCUCUGUCCGUGUCUGAUUUCAGUGAGCUACCAAAUGUCCAAGAGCAGCUGCUUGCCUCUGUACAGGUUACUUCAAUUCCCGUCACUCCAACUUCACCGACUGUUACCGCUGAAUACAGCACACCCAGAAAAGAUGUAGUGUUUCUGCUGGACGGUUCAGAUGGCACUAGGAGUUCUUUCCCAGCUAUGCGGGACUUUGUGCAAAGAGUAGUGGAGAAAUUCAACAUAGGGGCAAACAGAGACCGCGUUUCUGUUGUGCAGUACAGUAGAGACGCUGAGGUCCAUUUCUACCUGAAUACCUACACAGCAAAAGCAGACAUCUUGAACACGGUCAGAGGUCUGAGGCACAAAGGAGGCCGACCCCUCUACACGGGGGCAGCUCUCCAGUACGUCAGAGACAAUGUCUUUACUGCUUCUUCCGGCAGCAGACGGCUGGAGGGUGUGCCACAGAUACUAAUCCUGCUGAGCGGGGGAAGGUCAUUUGACAGCGUUGAUGCAGCAGCAUCCUCUCUAAAAGAGCUCGGUGUCUUGACCUUGGGAAUAGGAUCGAGGGGCUCUGAUAGCCGAGAACUGCAGAGAAUAUCGCACGAAGCCAAUUAUGCUCUGUCCGUGGCUGACUUCAGUGAGCUUCCAAAUGUCCAGGAGCAGCUGUUGGCCUCUGUGCAGACGGUUGCAACGUCCGACACUCCAACUUCCCCAACUCUCACUGCUGAUGACACCAUUCCCAGAAAGGAUGUAGUGUUUCUGCUGGACGGCUCAGAUGGCACUAGGAAUACUUUCCCAGCCAUCCGUGAAUUUGUGCAGACAUUAGUAGAGCAAUUCAACGUAGAGCCAAACAGAGAUCGCAUUUCUGUGGUACAGUACAGUAGAGAUGCUGAGGUCAAUUUCUACCUGAAUACCUACACAGCAAAAGCAGACAUCUUGAACACAGUCAGAGGUCUGAGGCAUAAAGGAGGGAGACCCCUCAACACGGGGGCAGCUCUCCAGUACGUGCGGGACAGUGUCUUCACUGCCUCUGCCGGGAGUAGGAAAAAAGAGGGUGUGCCUCAGGUUCUUAUCCUCCUCACUGGAGGACGCUCAAACGACAACAUAGAUACACCUGCCUCUGCCCUGAAAGAAAGCGGGGUCUUGAUCUUGGGUAUCGGCACCAGAAAUUCAAGCAGAGAGGUCCAGAGAAUUACCAAUGACCCUGCCUAUGCACAAUCCCUCAAUGAUUUCUCUGACCUUCCCGGUGUCCAGCAGCAGUUUUACAGCUCCCUCAACAAUGUGCUUGUUCAAGUUAGGCCAAUGACACCUACUGUUGCAGCUGAGCGAAGGAUGGCUAGGAGGGAUGUAGUGUUCCUGCUGGACGGUUCAGAUGGCACGAGGAGCUCUUUCUCUGCAAUGAGAGACUUUGUUGAAAGGAUGGUGGAAAGACUGAACGUGUCUGAGAACAGAGACCGUGUCUCUGUGGUCCAAUACAGCAGAGAUCCAGAGGCUCAUUUCUAUCUGAACACCUACUCAAGAAAGGAGGACGUUCUUAACAUGGUCAGGGGUCUGAGGCACAAAGGAGGGAGACCUCUCAACACGGGGGCAGCUCUGCAGUACUUGAGAGACAAUGUCUUCACUGCCUCCUCUGGGAGCAGACGUGCAGAAGGUGUGCCUCAGUUGCUGAUACUGCUGAGUGGCGCAAGGUCAUUUGAUAAUGCUGACAUACCAGCCUCAUCCCUAAAGGAGCUGGGAGUGCUUAUCUUUGCGAUAGGGUCAAGGACCUCAGACAGCCAGGAGCUCCAGAGGAUCUCCCAAGAGCCUAGCUACGCACUCUCAGUGAGUGACUUCACUGACCUUCCCAGUGUCCAACAGCAGCUU